GGAGCUCAUCACCGAAUGUGCAUCAUCUGUAAUGCCAUCACCAUUUGCGCACCCUCAUCGAGCUCAAGUGAGAUGGAUCUCUUUUAUCAAUGUAAGGAGGUCUUAAAGAUCCAGAAGUUCCGGCGUAUGGUGUCCUAUGCUGGAUUCUACUGCUUCACCACCCUCAUUACCUAUGCUUACACAAGCAAUACGACAAGGGCUGGGAUCUCUAGAGCGGACCAGUAUUAUGCCUCCUACCCUGCUGGUACUGAGCUACUGACUGACACUGCAAAGCUUUACAAGGCCGCAUUAGGUAAUUGUUUUGAGAUAGAUGACUGGGGCCCGAUUGAGUUCUCCAUCAUGGCAAAGCAUUUUGAUAGGCAAGGGAAACCACCCUAUGCGUACCACGCACAAUACCUGGCACAUCUCCUCUCCCAUGGGCAACUCGAAGGAAGCGAUUAAAUGCAGGAUGUAUUGUUGGUAGCAUCAGUGCAACAAGAAUUUCACUAGACCUUGUACAAAAGUCUUGUCUUGCUAUAACACUGAGUUCAGAUUGCGUUGGCCAACAAAUUGCAGAGCUGAAAUUUAGGCCAUCAACUGGUACAAUAUCAGUACCUAAUGUGUACGUGUCACGCAACGAUUUCUGAAAAACAUGACGCUGUCCUGUUGGAGUUUAA